AUGAUGCAAGCUCAAGUCUUCAUUUCAGGCCUCAUAUUACUACUCCCAGGUGUUGUGGAUUCUGCUGUAGUAGUGAAGGCGGUGGUGGGAGACCCUGUCACACUGCCAUGUAAUUACUCAACAAAUCUCGGAGUCAGUAACACUUGCUGGGGCCUUGGCGAAUGUCAGUCUUUUUAUUGUGAAAGAAGACUUAUCAGAACCCAUGGAUAUCGAGUCACCUAUCAGAGGAGCAGCAGAUACCAGCUACAGGGGCCUAUUUCAGAAGGAAACGUGUCCUUGACAAUACAGAAUGCUGAUCAGAGUGACAGUGGUCACUAUUGUUGUACAGUUGAAAUUCCUGGGUCUUUCAGUUAUGUGAACUAUAUGCUGGAAGUUAAAGCAGAAAUUCCAACAAGUCCUUCAACAAGUCCCACAACAACAGGAAGACUCACAACAACAGGAAGACCAGCAACAGGAAAACCCACAACAAGAAUACUCAAAACAAGAAUACUCACAGCUACAAAAAGGCCCACAAUUACAAUGGAACCCAGGAAUGUGUCAAUGAAACCCACAGAUGAACCAGCAUCAGGCAGAGUCUCUACCUUGAAUUCUACAACACCAGUACAUACACAAACUUAUACACCAGAUUGGAAAAACACUGUGACAUUCUGGAACGACUCUUGGAAUAAUUACACUGAAUCAAUCCCUUCACUAAAUCCACCAGAGAAAAUGACUAAGGACUUUGCUCUUGUCAUCCCCAUUGCCGCCCUGUUGCUGCUGCUGUUUGUGGGUGCCCUGGCUGUCAUGAGUUUCGUGGAUUCUGCUGUAGUUGUGAAGGCAGUGGUGGGAGACCCUGUCACACUGCCAUGUAAUUACUCAACAAAUCUCGGGGUCAGUAACACUUGCUGGGGCCUUGGCGAAUGUCAAUUUUAUUAUUGUGCAAGAACACUUAUAUGGACCAAUGGAUAUGGAGUCACCUAUCAGAGGAACAGAAGAUACCAGCUACAGGGGUCUAUUUCAGAAGGAAACGUGUCCUUGACAAUACAGAAUGCUGAUCAGAGUGACAGUGGUCACUAUUGUUGUACAGUUGAAAUUCCUGGGUCUUUCAGUUAUGUGAACUAUUUGCUGGAAGUUAAACCAGAUUGGAAAAACACUGUGACAUUCUGGAACGACUCUUGGAAUAAUUACACUGAAUCAAUCCCUUCACUAAAUCCACCAGAGAAAAUGACUAAGGACUUUGCGCUUGUCAUCCCCAUUGCCACCCUGUUGCUGCUGCUGUUUGUGGGUGCCCUGGCUGUCAUGAGUAAGUAA